AGAUUAUGGAUGGAUCGGAAUGGAAGGCUGCACUGCGACUACAAAUAGAAGCGCUGGCUCGAAGGAAUGAGCUGCACAGACGUUGCAACAGGGAGUCCGUCCGUGAUCGAACAGUCGAAAUGGACAGCAGGAUCAUCAAGCUGCGAGAACUGGUCUCCAGCGAUGCAAACCUUGCUGCACAAUUCUAUCUAGAGUGUGUCUGUCACGCUGACGAAACAGAACGAAUACUGAAUAGAACUUCCUCCCGCGACAAGAGGAAUCGUAGACACAAAGCAUUACGCGAAGUAGCUUCCACUCUGAGCGUCCCAACAACUCGAUCUAUCCCUAGCACGACUGGUAUUGUUGAGGUUAUCCUUCCUCAGCGUACCCCGUCCGUCCAACAAAAACGAUGGUGGGACCAUUUUACCAUACAUCGUAAGCCAGAGGAGUAUGAAGAUGCUCAUGAUGAAGUGCGACAUUUAUGGAAAACACAGACUGACUUCUUCUUGUGUUCGUUGGGACUUAUAGUCGGUAUUGGCAAUAUGUUACGGUUUCCUGGCAAAAUUUGUGAAUAUGGAGCAAUAUUUUUCGUCCCCUACUUCUUCUGCUUGGUUUUCAUCGGCUUUCCCAUGUUGUAUUUGCACUUAUGUAUCGGCCAAUAUGCUGGACAAACGGCUGAUGUCGCAUUCAGACGCCUGAUGCCUGUUUCUUGUGGUCUCGGCUGGGCCUUCGUUCUGGCCGCUAUUCCGCUUAUCAUCUAUCAUAACAUAAUCAUAACAUGGUCGCUCCAGUAUCUAUGGUUUUCUAUGCUCUCCGUUUUCCUGUCGGAACCUCUGCCAUGGGAAAACAGAGUUAUGGCAAGGGGCCUCCUACCGCUCAAUUUGUCACACAGUACCAUAUUCUCGGACCUUUUCAUUGGCCUUGCAUAUCUUGGCAAUAACCUUGCCGUUUUAGGAAUAACAGAAGAGGACGCCAAUGUGGAUUUUUCGCCUUUGGGCAAUGUGACACUGACGUCAUCUGAGCUCUUUUUCCAUCUCGAUAUAUUGUCUUUAACGGACUAUACCCAGCUGAGCAUAACAUUGCCUGAACGCCAUAUAGUUUUGGCUUUGGCCACUGCUUGGCUGAUCGUUUUCAUGGGAGUGUGUCGUGGAACGACUUGGAUGGCUAGGGCGAUACGAUUCACAGCUACGAUUCCAUACUUGAUGCUCUUCAUCCUCCUUAUUCGAGGACUAUCUCUUCCUGGAGCUAGUCUCGGAUUGACUUAUCUCUUUUCGUCAGCUGCAGACAACAUCUCCUCGUUGAAGAUGUGGUCAGCUGCUGCUGAACAAGUGCUUUUCGAAAUGGGGGUCGGUGUUGGAGCGGUCUUUUCCGUAGCAGCAUACAAUCGUUAUAGGAACAAUGUUUACCGCGAUGCUGCAUUGCUAAUGACCAUAAAUGCGUUGACGUCAAUCCUAGCCAGCAUGGUAAUUUUCUCCUUUCUGGGAUUGCUGGCAAUCUCAUCUGGGCAAGAAAUCUCGACCAUAAUCGGCCAUGAUCAUUCGUACAUUGUCUUUACCGUAAUCCCCAACAUGACAUCUCUGAUGCGAUGGGGACCAUUAUGGAUGUGUAUACUUUAUGGCACAAUCUUCUUUACUGCUGUCGAUGCAGAGUUCUUGUGGGUUGAAAUGCUAGCUUCUUCAGCGAUGAACUUGCUGCAGUCAAGAAAUCGACGGCUGAAUUCAAGACUUAUUGCAGUUUUAUGCUGUUUGGGACUCUUGUUGGAGAUCCCAAUCUGUAGCAGUGGAGGAUUUUUCCUAUUUCAUUCUAUGGACUCGCUCAUCUCUAGUUUAUCGACAUUCAUUCUUUCGUUCCUUCUCCUUAUUACCGUUAGCUAUUUAUACGGACUGAACAAGUUUCUCAGCGAUAUUUCAUCGAUGCUGCGCAUUCCACGAAGAACCAAAGCAAAAUGGGCACAUCUACACAUGCACGAAAAACUGAUGGAACUCUUUGGACCUUGUGGAACGUUCAUUAGGUUUUCUUGGGCUUUGGUGUGCCCAUGUUUCUUGACUAUUCUAAUGAUUACGCAUGCAGUCAGCUAUAGACGGCCCCUUUUCUUUGGCUGUCAUGUCCCUGUGCAAAGCGAAUUUUUCGCCUGGAUUUUGGUCCAUGCCCCUCUUUCAGCAGCAUUCAUUGGUGCAAUCACGGCCAUAGUGAGGAUACGGCAAAGCGGCAAGACAAUCUCAUCAUUAUUCGACUCGUCUUCUUGGCAUCAGCAAGUCACUACAGUAUCGUACGAUGAAUCUCCUCCACCUAGUCCUUCGAGCAGAACGCAGCCGAAGCGGGAGAACACUUAUAUGUACAUCGAUCCGGCGUCUCGUGGACCUACAGUUCGCUCCGUGUUUCAGCCAACUUCGGAUAAUUAUGCGUGGAAAUGUGGUCGCCUGCGAGACUGGCAGAUGCAAGAGACAGCAUCGAUCGAUCAAUCGAUAUCACAGCCGUCAUUUGCUGCUUCGAUAGCUUCGCAAGGGACGUUGACACUAUUCGGCUCACCACCGGCUUCGAAUGGAUUCAUGAUGUCAGAAGAGACCACAUGCUCCACAAGCAGAUCCAGUGACACAAAAGUCAAUGAGAAGUGUAAUACACUAAUGCAACCACGUAUUGUCCUACCGCCUUCGUCACCAAUUCCGCGCAAAGUGCGAACCAGUAGACAAUCAAGAAAACUUACAUGUUCUGAGCCGCCAUUGAAGGUGGAGAUCCCUUCACUAGACCUUAUUCCAUCUACUCCACCACCAAGAAUCUCCCCUUCUCGAUCCGAGCCACCUGGUCUGACCACCGAUAGACCAGCGGCUUCUGUAAGAAGUAAAAGUGCUUCACAUAGUGAAUUUUCUGAAAGUGACGAUGAUAGCGAAUCGGGCGUAAACCGACAACGUGUCACUGUAAUUCGACGCUUCCAAUCUGAAGAUUCGGUGCAGGCUUUUUCCACAGAAUCGGUGUCAAACACCCCAGCAGAGAUUGGCCGACAACGGUCCCUGAGUUCAGUAGCGAUAUUUGAUGAGAAUGAUAAGAGCGCCCGGUCCACGCAGACAUUGUCGCAGUUGAAGCGUCCUCCACCGAUUGAGACGCCAACGCGAUUUUGA